UUGAAUGGGGAAGAGUGAUACAUUAGGAGUGAUAAUAAAAUAAUGGCUCUGGAAGCCUUAUUUCGUGAUUGAAACAAGAAAACAUAGUGAGUUUCUAACAAAUGAUAAGAAAGGUGACAUACAAAGUUUAACCAGUGAAAAGAUCUACCAAGAAUUACCUCAAAAUUGCCACAAAACGUAACCAUAUUUUACCAAAACAAUGCUUGGAUUUUCACGAGUUUUGGUAAACAAAAAUCUGGUAUCGCGUGAUGUUUGAGGUUUGACAAGCUGUUGGAUAAGAACGCCGACAGGUCAAAACGGUUGUUAGACUGGCCAGAUCAAUGCAAGAGGAGCUCUAUCUAGCGUCUAAAUUAAGCGCAUUUAGUAACUUUAAAAAGGUGAAACUUGAACCCACAAGUGACUAUGUAGUCAACCAACGACGCUCGAGCCCAUCCAUCUUUACAGACGGACAGAAAAAUACAUACAUCUUCCCUCAGGCCCGUAAUGAGUCGGGGGAAUAUCAUAAACACACACUUAACGCCAAUUACUUGUCAGCAUCAAACCUCAACCUCUUGUUGGAUAACGCAGCAAACUCUUCCAACGUGGCUAGUGUAUAUAAAAGGUGUGGCAUUAAACGAAAACGAGGUGAUAUAAACAAUCUAGAUCUACAGAUGCAGUUAACACUUACGGAAGCGACUGCGAUCUCUAGCGAUGAUGACAACGGAAAUACUACGACCACCACUUCCAAAACCACGAGUUCCUCAAACAAUGAGGGUGACUAUACCCUCGUUCAGCAUGAGGUCUUGUAUUCGAUGACUAAUUCGUAUGAAGUUUUGGAGUUUCUUGGACGCGGGACGUUCGGGCAAGUUGUCAAAUGUUGGAAGAAGGGAACCAAUGAAAUCGUAGCAAUAAAAAUUUUGAAAAAUCAUCCUUCAUAUGCACGUCAAGGUCAAAUUGAAGUUAAUAUUUUGUCACGAUUAAGUCAAGAGAAUGCAGAUGAGUUCAAUUUUGUGCGAGCACAUGAGUGCUUUCAGCAUAAAAGUCACACGUGCCUGGUGUUUGAAAUGCUGGAACAGAAUUUGUAUGAUUUCUUGAAACAUAACAAGUUCCAACCAUUACCAUUAAAAUAUAUCCGUCCCAUAACGCAACAAGUGCUAACAGCUUUAUUGAAGUUAAAAAAUUUAGGAUUAAUUCAUGCGGAUCUUAAACCAGAGAACAUUAUGUUGGUUGAUCCAGUACGGUUUCCGUACAGGGUCAAGGUUAUUGACUUUGGAUCAGCAAGCCAUGUCUCAAAAGCUGUUUGUUCAACAUAUCUACAGUCAAGAUAUUAUAGGGCACCAGAGAUUCUGCUUGGUCUGCCAUUCUGUGAAUCGAUAGACAUGUGGUCACUAGGAUGUGUAAUAGCGGAACUGUUCCUAGGUUGGCCUCUCUACCCGGGGUCAUCAGAGUAUGAUCAGAUUCGGUACAUUUCACAGACUCAGGGUCUGCCUGCAGAACACAUGCUGAGCAAUGCCACAAAAACUACACGGUUCUUUAUUCGAGAAAAUACAGAUAGCAACUACCCAUUUUGGCGAUUGAAGACACCUGAAGAACAUGAGUUAGAGACAAAAAUCAAAUCAAAAGAAGCUAGAAAGUACAUUUUCAACUGUAUUGAUGACAUGGCACAGAUCAAUGUACCAACAGAUCUGGAAGGAAGUGAGCUGCUGGCUGAACAAGUUGACAGACGGGAGUUUAUCGACCUUCUCAAGAGAAUGUUGACCUUAGAUCAAGAGAGACGUAUCAAACCUGGCGAGGCCUUGAACCAUCACUUCAUACGAAUGGCCCAUCUUGUUGACUAUGCUCACUGUGGAAUAGUGAAACAGAAUGUUCAGGCUAUGGAAGUGUGUCGACGACCAAUCAAAUCUCUGUAUGAUGUGAACCAGAACACCGGUUCCCUAGUACCAAACUUUGUUCCAGUGUCAACCAACAACCUGACUGUGACGUUCAAUAACCAAAUGAAUGCUUUGCACUCACAGAAUGGUCAUACAACUGGUACAGAGAUUCAGUACCUGCCGUACCCUAUGUCUCGAACAUAUCUACCAUACCAGAGUCAACAUUUGAACCAGGCUUUACCAACACAACGGGGAAGUACUCAGUUCAGUCGGACAGAUCCAUUCACACAAUCAUUAUGCGUGUCUUCAAUAGUAGUACCAGGCUUGCAAGGUUUGAACUCUCCUACAAGGUAUAAUCCUGUUCCCAUGGUAACACAGGCUGGCCCCACCCUACAAAUACAGCCACAGCUAAUCACACAGAGUGCACCAAUGAGUGGUUGGCCGGCAACACAACAAGUAUUGGUUGGACCAUUUCAGCAGAUACCAGGUCUUACAGCGGCAGCUGCUGCAGCUUCUAACCAGCGACCUGUGACCCAGCAGAUCCUACCAGAGAACCUUGCUCACCAACAAAUGUUGUCAGACAAUUGGAGACAGUCUAUCGUCCUGGACGGUUUUGAUCAGACCUCACUAGCACAACUGGGUGCACAGCAACAAGCCUGGAACCUUGGUAUGGUACCAUUUGGUCUGACCUCAAAUAGACAUGGGUCUUCACAGUCCAGUAAGAGACAGCCAAAACAGAGAGUUACUAAGGAGCAGGCCUCCACGCAGCUCUCACCGGUGAAGAAACGUGUCAAAGAAAAUACACCUCCUCAGAGUAACCAUGGAAACCACAAUACUAGAGCACCUGUCAUGCAGGCAGAAACACUGGUACCUGCAACAUGGGCAGAAACUCUACCAACAGUGAAGUAUACAGGUUCCCGUCGGGAACAUAGACAGACGAUCGUGAUUGCUGACUCACCAAGCCCAUCUGUCAGCGUGAUUACAAUAAGUUCCGAUAGUGAAGAAGAUGAGGACAGUAAAGUUAUACGAAGACAACAAAGAGAAAAACAAGCUGCUCAGCAGUUUAUAACAGAUCCAGCUGUGCUUGAAAGUGCAUUAGGAGAUAGUUUCGGCACGCCAGUGAGCAGAAAGAAUGUAAUAAACCAUGUGUCAGCUGAAAAUUUGAGCUCAAAACAGGUGAUGCUCACACCAAUCAAACAUGAAGAUGUUGAGAGUAAUGUGUUAAAUGAUGCUUACUUGUUUGGUAGUCAGCUUGGUGUCACAGUAGAUGAGACCACGGCACUUAUUCCGCCAAAUUUACGUGUAAACUCUGUGCGGAAAGAGCCAAGACAAGCACAUUCAAACAAUGAUAAAGUUUCGAACCUGGUGUCUAAUUCAAAACACAACUCUCUUAUGAGUCAUACUAUGACAGAUAAAUAUAAGGAUAACAGUCCACGGCUUGAUAUGAGAUUGCCGCCGGAUCUGGAAAAGACAAUGUUAGCGGCUCAGGGGAAGCUGGCGUACGUGUCCCCAACUGUUAGACAGAGUAAUAAUCUAAACAGACAUACAUUUCACGGGUCUACAAGUCAGAGCCAGAAGCAGACGGGUGGAGCAGGAAGUUUGGGUUUCAUGGCAAGGCAGACAGGAGGUAGUAUGUCCCAGCUAUCACCAGCUCAGCCACAGCUUCAGCUAGGGCAGCCAACUGUGUUACUGAAUCCAGGAUCACAGGUGGACCUUCACAGGGACUACAGAAGGCGACAAGGAAGCCCCAUCCACCACUACCUAGUUCCUGCCCAUCAACAGCCUCAAGUUGGCAUCCCAGCAGGGCUUGGACAGUUCGGACCCUUCUCUCCUACAAUAGCUCCACCUCCAGCCCACCAGAGUCCACGGCAUGUUCAGUAUGCGGCUCAUCCAUUACCGGCACAUGUACAUCCAGUGCUUCAGACAACGUCCAUACCUGGGACCUAUCAUUCUCAGUUACCGCAGUACCCUACAUUAAGUACAGCUACAACGGGACUGUACACAUCAUACCAGAUGUCACCAACGAAAGCUCGACCAUAUCAGUACUUUGCUGGUUAAAGAAAACGUUUCCUUAAAAUGUUACUAACUUGCAUUUAUUUGCUAGUUUAUAACUGUCCUUGAAACAGCUUGGCGUUGCCAGAUACAACCGCUCAAAGGAAUCUCUAGCAAAAAUUCUGUAUGGUGAAGGAUCAUUUUCUUCUUGGUAUCGAUGAUCAAGGAAUUAAGACGGCAGAAAUUUGCUAUCAAAGGUUGACGAGACAGGUGUUCUGUCUAACACAAGUUUUCAAGCUAAUAGUGUUGUCUUAGUAUUGAUAUGUUUCCUGUAAACUGUACAUAUAUAGAGCUAAAAACAGAUUAUCACUGCCCAAUUUACGCACUUGAUGUAAAAACAUAAUAAAUUUGGCAAUACAUGCUUUUUAUUGGGUAUAGAGGUUUUAUUCAGCAUUGUAGUUUUAUUCUUAUUGCAUUUGUUGAGGUAAAUAGUUAAUGUAUUUUCUAUCAUUUGUGGAAAUGUAUUGGUUUGUGAGCAAGAAUUUGUGUACCGAUAUUUUACGUUGUGGCGUCUUUGGAAAAAUUACUACAGUAAAUGUGGGUUUAUCUGUGAUUUAUAUAGCCUUAACCUGUCUCAGAAUACUUGGAAUUUGAUUUUCAUGUGAGGGUAAACAUCUGAAAAAUAUGGUCAUUUGGACUUGAGAGUUAACUUAUGCGUCCAUAGUAAGUUAAACCCACCAAUUCAAGUGACAUUUACUUCUGAUGUCGUGGAUUGAGCAUUAAGUAAAAAGAGUUAUGUUAAGGAGUUUGUUUGAUUUUUCCUUAAAUUUUUGUUUGGUUGCCUUGAUUAGUUUUAGCUUGAUAACAUUAUACAGCUUUCUGAAUAUUUAAUCAAGAUUUUAGCUUGAACAUGCUUGUAGUGGUUUUAAUUUGGGUUUCUACAAUUAAUUUUUAUUGUAUGUUGAUUUUUUUUAUCAAAUAAUAGCGUUUUAGCUUCCUUUACGUUUUACUACAACAUUUAAUCUAAAUUUGUCACUUUUCCCAUAUCAGAAGGCACAAUAUAGUAUUUUAGCUUUCAUUUUAGUACUGGAUAUUUAAUCCAUUGCAUUUUUAUCGAUGUGAAUUUUUUUCACUUUGAAGGGAGUUAGUAAUGCCAGUUAAGUUAACAUUUUACUCUAUAUAUAUGUUUCAUGUUAUCUUGUAUUUAUAUAGGAAUAAAUUAACAUAUGUUUUUCUGUCAUCAUCUGGACACCAAUACCACUUAUCAUGUAUUGAAUGUUACGGUUAUUAGUUGGAGAUGUGCACAAUACGUGUUUGGUGUAAAUGAACUUUAAAUCCCACCGUGCGAAGAUGUGUUGAGAAAAUGGUUUAAAUGAACUUAAUAGAAAGCCUGUCAGUGCUUUAUAACCUAUCGUGCUCAUAUUUCUCACGGGUAACAUUUAUUGUAUUGAAAUUACUGAAAAAAAAAAUUUGUGACGUUAUAAAUGAAAUUGAAAUUUGUUGAAAAAAAUCUCCAUUCUACUUAAAAUUAUGUGAAGAAAGUGUCUUAGAUUUACAUGUACAAUUGUAGGAUGUUGUAGAUGUUACAGCUUUUGUGGAAUGGUACGUUUUGGUACUUUUGUAUGUAAGUACGUGAUAAGAAAAGUGAAGGCUGGCUUGUAUUUUUACUUGCCCUGAAUUUAAUAUAGUGGGAAUCACUAAUAUGUGUUCGUUAUGGAAACUGAUUUAUAUUGUACAUUGCAAAUCAGAGUUAGCAUAUUUUUGCAUAUUCAGUAAGCAUGUGUCUUUUUUCAAAUCAUAUUUAACUUUAUAAUUUUUAAAAACGAUGUAUAUAAUUCUAGUUCUGUCAUUAGGUCAAACUUGUGUACAUACGUAAAUAGCUUAAACUUUUAUCGAAGGCUAUUUUUAUACAUUUAUCAGUUGAAUCAUUACCAAUUAAAUUGUACAUAUGAUUAUACAAGAGGAAAAUGGGGUGCCAUUUUGUUUUAUUAUCACCACCUAUUAUUCUGUAUAUAUAGAAAUACGUGUAAAUGAUCACCUCUGAUUUACUUGUUUGUAUACCAAGUAUUAGCACAUUCUGCAUAUUUAUUAGAGCUUCAUAUUAAAAUAGUUUUGCCCCUAGAUUGUAUUGUGUGAUUUGACUUUUUUUUGUUUUUUUUUUUUAAAAAUAAGAGUCAUUUAUGGAAUUAGAAAUGAUUUAUGUAUUCCUGUGAGUUAUUUAAAUAUCUUUGAUUGAGUACACAGUGUCUAGUGAUUUUAAUGGAAAAGAAAUAUUGCUAUAUGGAAUGGUAAAGGUUUUAGGAAGUUUUCAUGUUAGAAAAAUGUUGACUUACUUGCAGAUUAUGGAUAAAAUACUUUGCAGAUCAUGGAUACAAUACUACCUUUUUAGUAGCAAUUUUAGUACAAGUCAGAAUGUUUUAAUCAUUAUUGUACGUAUUAAUUAUUUUGGGUUAAAAAUGGUAAAUUCAUUUAAAAGAAAUGAAGGAUGUUGUAAUUUUUCGUGAAAGAUUAAGUAACAGCUGUUUUAUUUUAGUAUUAGUUAAAGUUGAAUAAUCCCUAGUUAUUAGUGUAGCAGUGUAUUUUUAUAUCAGAUUGAUUGUAUUAUGUAAAUACUAGUGGCAUAAUUUUGAAUUAAGAAGGUGCAAUUUU